AUGGCAGGUGGCCACUCCUCAACCAUAGAAGAUGGCUUCUAUAGUGACCCCUCAACAGCGGCUAGCUGUGGUCACAUGUCCAUUGUUUCCCUGACCGUCAUUUCCAUCAUCUGCCUGUUGUUAAUCUUCUUCAGAAAUUACAUCAAGGACCUCCUCCUUUGGCUGGAGACGACGGAUGCAAUGGUCAGUUACAUAGCCUUUCUUUGUAUGUUCACUCUUGUGUCAUUCCCCGUGGCAUGGGGUUACUUCUUGCUUCUUUUGACCACUGGAUAUGUGUACGGUUUUCUGCGAGGCAUCAUGGUUGUCCUGUCAUGUGGGGCCGUCGGGGUAACUGUUGCGUAUUUGGUCCUCCGGAACUGUUGUCGGUGCAUUACUGUGAGAUUUUACAGUAAAAGACUAGAAGCUGUCAUUAAGGUUGUCGAAGGUCCACAAGGAUAUAAAGUAAUUGCUUUGGCCAGGCUAACACCAAUUCCUUUUGGCUUACAGAAUGGACUCUUUGGUCUGACCCAUGUUUCUGUGCCUGUCUAUGUUAUUGCAUCAGUGGUAGGAAUGACACCACUUGCACUCGUCAACUGCUAUGUUGGCUCCACAUUUCGAUCUAUGGAAGAGGUGUGGAGUGACAGCUCUUCACAUGCAACGGGUUACUUAGUUUUUAUUGGACAGCUUUUUCUCAUGGCUGGUCUAAUGAUGUUUGUCAUACGAAAAGCUCGUGAGGAACUUCGAAGGACAGUAAUGACAAAGUGUAUGGAUAAUGUUGGAUGUUGCUGUGAAACGGGACGACAUCAUAACGACUCCACUUUCUUCAAAAACAUUUCCUCAGAUAGUACUUAUAUCACUGUGCCAUGUUCUGUUUGUAUGAAAGGAUCACACCACAAUUCAUUGGUGUUCACAGCUUGA